AGGACUGCCGAACGACUCCUUCAGCAUUGAGAAUGGCAUCAUCAUGGACAAGGAUGGGGCAACUGCUGCUGGUUGUGGCGAAGUUUACGGAUGGCGACUAUCAGCGCUUGGAAGGUUGCAUCCAGUUUGGAAACCCCAUCGAAAAUGUCGAGGAUCGAUCGGAGGAGACGGAUCCGGUGGAACCGGUCCUCUUGCAGAUGAUUCAAGGGAAGCGCGUGGGACUACAAGACCAGUUGCUAAAGGAACGUCCAGAUCUGGCAGAGGAAAAGGCCAGAUUGGUCGAAGGUGCAAGGAGCAAUUGGAAGUCACUGAGAAUAAGAUCCUGGAUGUUCUCAGGUUCUCAGUUCUUCCCAGGGCAACAUCCUUGA